CGUGACGCCCAGGCAUCCGCGCAGCAAGAUGGCGGCGCCCUUGUGUACAUGCUGUAGGUAGUGACUGAGAGGUACGUCUUAUGUUUGCCAUUGUUCCUAGGCUCCAUUCUCUUCCCCGUUUGACUUCCUUCUUCAAGAUUACAAAUCGAACAAGGGUUUCCACUCCGUUCAUGAUGGAGGAGGCUGCACCCACCCAGGACGAGACUGUUAUCACAGAGGGCAAAGCCAAGGUCCUCUAUCCCAGCGCCAACCAAGUGUUUUAUAACCCGGUGCAGGAGUUCAACAGAGACCUGACUUGUGCCGUCAUCACAGAGUUCGCUCGUAUGCAGCUGGCAGAGAAAGGAAUUGACAUUGUGGUGCCAGGAGAAAGGGAACAGCAGCAGAAGGUGGUGGUGGAUCUGUCAGACAACGGCGAGGACUGCGGAAUAUCUGCCCCUGUGGAUACGCCCGCUGCGGCAGAGAGACGCACGGUGACUGUCGGAGAGGCCUGUCCGGAGGGUCUGCGUGUUCUGGAGGGUCUGGCAGCUUCUGGCCUUCGUUCCAUCCGUUUUGCCCGUGAGGUUCCAGGGCUGCAGACCAUCGUGGCCAACGACUUUUCUGCCAGUGCUGUGGAGCUGAUCAAAAGAAACAUACAGUUCAACGGCGUGGAGCACCUAGUGACUGCCAGCUACAGUGAUGCCAGGAUGCUGAUGUAUAACAGGAUGGGAAAACAUGAUCGCUUUGAUGUUAUAGAUCUGGAUCCCUAUGGGAGCCCUGCCAUGUUCCUGGAUGCUGCGGUGCAGAGCGUCGGUGACGGAGGGCUGCUCUGUGUUACUUGCACUGACAUGGCCGUGCUGGCAGGAAACAGCGGAGAGACGUGUUACGGGAAAUAUGGCUCCAUGUCCCUGAAGUCCAGAUUCUGCCAUGAAAUGGCUCUGCGUAUUCUCUUACACAGCAUAGAUCUGCGCGCCAAUUGUUACCAGCGUUAUAUAGUUCCGCUGCUCAGCAUUUCCGCCGACUUCUACAUCCGCGUAUUUGUGAGAGUCUUCACCGGACAAGCCAAGGUGAAAAUGUCCGCCAGUAAGCGAGCCAUGGUGUACAAUUGUGUGGGCUGUGGAACGUACCAUCUGCAGCGUAUGGGGAGAGCUGUUGCUCAUGGAAACAAUAUGAAGUACUCUGCCGGGACAGGACCCCCCAUAGGAACCAGCUGUGAGUUCUGUCAGCAGAAGCAUCAGGUUGGAGGACCCAUCUGGGCUGAGCCCCUGCACGAUGUGACCUUCGUACAGAAAGUUCUGGUCGCCUCGGAGAGAUGUCCAAAACGCUUCAACACCUCCGACAGGAUAGAGGGAAUGCUGAGCGUGGUGACUGAGGAGUUGAAUAUCCCCUUAUAUUACACCAUGGACAACCUGAGCAGCACCGUCCGCUGUAACACACCCUCUCUGCUCCAGUUCCGGUCUGCCCUGCUGCAUGCUGGGUACAAGGUCUCCCUGUCACAUGCCUGCCAGAACGCCAUAAAAACGGACGCUCCCCCCUCCAUCAUCUGGGACAUAAUGAGAUGCUGGGAGAAACUGAACCCGGUGAAAAGAGAGAAACUGUCGGAGACCUGCCCGGCCUAUCACAUCCUCGGUGCAGAGCCCAGGAUUCAGGCUAAUUUUGAAAUCAGACAAGAUGCAAAUCCAAACUCACGGAAGUUGGGCUUGAAAAGAUUUCAGGAAAAUCCAGAGGCCUACUGGGGACCUAAAGCCCGAGCCAAAGCUGGGGGAGGAAUAUCAACGUCUCUGGAAGAAAGGAGGAAACAACAUCAGAACAAGAGAAAAAACACCAGCGAAGAUGCAAGCUUCAAACAGUUCGCAUGCAAGAAAUACAAGCAGGGUUCAUGUGACAUGGGCGACAGCUGCCGUUACUCUCAUUCCCUUGAGGCCUCUGAAAUGGAGUCGGAGGACACCCCUCAGUCAGACAAUACUACGGCCUCUUGAGGGCGCUGUGCUUUUAUAUUCAGCUGCUGCACG